GAGAAAUAGAGAGAGAGAGUAGAUAAAUAAAUAAAAAAAAUAAACCAACAUCACACACUCUCUGUCCUUGCCAGUCUUGUGUAAAAAAAAAAAAAAAUAACUACGCGAUUAUUUAUUUUUACAAAUAUCUUAAAAGUGUAAAUUAAUAAUUAAAGUUUCUCAAUUAAAUUAAUUUUACACCAUAUUGUUGAUAUAUUCAAUUGUUGGUAUUGUUUAUUAUCAGUAAGGAGAUAAUUGUCACAAAAAUAAGGAUAACUGGAUUAUGAUCAAAACUUAAAAAAUUAUUUAAAGCCUUGGAAAUAAUAAUAAAAAUACAGUAAGAUGCCACCAAAACAGAGAAAAAUUGCAAUAAUGGGAUAUAGAUCAGUUGGAAAAUCAUCAUUAAGUAUACAAUUUGUUGAAGGACAAUUUGUUGAUUCAUAUGAUCCAACAAUUGAAAAUACAUUUACUAAAAGCACACGUGUCAACAGUCAAGAUUACGAAGUUAAACUUGUUGAUACUGCUGGUCAAGAUGAGUAUUCAAUAUUUCCAACUCAAUAUUCAAUGGAUAUUCAUGGAUAUGUAUUGGUAUAUAGCAUAACAAGUGCAAAAAGUUUUGAAGUUGUACAAAUUAUUUAUGAUAAAUUACUUGAUUUUUGUGGAAAAGUACAUGUUCCAAUUGUUUUGGUUGGCAACAAAACAGAUUUAUACGUUGACAGAAUGGUAUCAACUGAACAAGGUAAACGUCUUGCUGAUACUUGGCAUUCAGCAUUUUUAGAAACAAGUGCUAAACAAAAUGAAGCAGUUGCUGAUAUAUUUCAUACAUUGCUAAUGGAAAUUGAAAAAGCUGAUGGUAAUGUGCAAGAAAAAUCAAGCUGUAUUGUUUCUUGAAUUAUUAUCAAUCAACACACAUUUAGGAUAAUGAACAAGUUUACUUUUUUUCUUUUUUCUAAUGAAGCCAAGUUUGUUAGUUUCAUUGAUGUGUUCUUUAUAAUUUUUUAAUUACAUAUAAAAAAGAGAAAGAGAAAAUUUUUUAUUGAAUUUCAAUGGAGUUAUGGGUGUAUGGGAUUACCACCGAGUUCAAGAUUAAAUAAGAUCGAAUUAACAUUAGUUUGGCAUUUAAUUAUUAUUAUUAUUAUUAUAGAUUAGAGUUGUUAAUUUACCGAGUUUUCACUUUUAUAGCGUUUUUUUUUUACCAGUAAAAAAACUGAUAAAAAACAUUUCUAAG